AUGCUUACCCGGACGGGGACAGUAGUACGGAAAAACCGUCGAAGGUCGAGCAGUAAAGGAUCGACAAGGAGGGGUUCGGCCCCUACGGUUCUUCAACAAGGGGCCCAAUGUCACUCCCCUAACCUGAACUUUCCUCCCGGAACCCGGACUUACCUCACCCCUCAACCUUCGCCAUGUAAAAGUGUGUCCUUCAGUUUUAGUUCUGAGGGCAAGAAUUGUAUUACUCCGGAUAACCUCUCUUUACGACAGCCGAGUCUGGCUCCAAGCGAAAACAAGCAGUACUAUGGCAGCGUGGUGCUAUGGAAGGACACAGUUGAACCAGACCACGCUUUCUCUUUCGUCAGCACUAUAUGUGAGGCCUCACACGAGUCGGUUGGAGCCUGUGACUUCGUCUAUCGUGCCUUCGUCAUCAUCAGUGGAAGCUGGCCUGUCACGGUGCUGUUGGGUUUGUUCAUCGCCUUACCACUAACCAUGAUGAUUAUUGGAGUAAAGUACUUAGACGAAUGUCCAAAAGAACCCAAGAUCCCUAUCUAUCUCUUAGUGGGAGGCUGCUUCGGAACAAUCAAGCUACUGAUGUCACUCUGUCAUCAAAUCCGCAGACUCAAGGACGACGAUGACGAGGAUUUACACGACGAAAAUGAACUAUUGACAAUGAGCAAAAUGGCGAAUAUAGGUUUAACAAUAUUCCUCAGUAUAUGGUUUGUAUUUGGUAACUACUGGAUUUUUGAAACAUGGCUGCCAAAAUUCCAGCCGCCGUUACAUGAACCUAAGAACUGGUGUGAUCGAUCCGUGUUUACCUUUACAUUUUGGCAGCUCGUCGUGUGUCACAUCGUUAUCGGCAUCGUCGUCAUGUUGGCCAUGUUUCUUUGUUGCUGCUUUUCCUGUCUGAGGACAGUAAAGGACUUAGAAAAGGGAUAG